UCCUCUUCUUCCCAGAUGGACUCCAGGAGCUCUGAGCUGGGUGAGCAAGACCUGAGAGAGGAACUGCAGUGGAUAGAGCUGGGCUCCGAGGAGGCCCUGGGAGAUGGGACAGAGGGGCCCAGUGUCUCACAGGCCUGGGGGUGCCUGCUGCAGGUUGUGUGGAGGGGUCACGUGGGCCUGGCCACGCAGCUGCUGCAGCAAGGGGCCAGUGUGGAGGAGAGGGACCGCGCCGGCAGGACCCCGCUCCACCUGGCCGUGCUGCGCGGCCACGUGCCUCUGGUGAGUCUCCUGCUCCAGCGCGGGGCGCCGGUGGGAGCCGCCGACCGGGCGGGGCGCACACCGCUGCACGAGGCCGCCUGGCACGGGCACUCGCGGGUGGCUGAGCUGCUGCUGCGCCGCGGGGCCACGGCAGCAGCGCGCUCCCGGGCCGGCCUCACGCCGUUGCACUGGGCCGCUGCCCUGGGCCGCACGCUGCUGGCCGGGCGCCUGCUGAGCGCGCCAGGCCCGUGCCCCGCGGCGGCGGACGCGCGCGGCUGGACGGUGGCGCACUGGGCGGCCGCCGGCGGUUGGCUGCCGGUACUCGAGCUGGUGGCGGCGGGCGGCGGCGCGGGCCUGGACGGUGCCCUGAUCGUGGCGGCCGCAGCUGGGCGCACGGCGGCCCUGCGCCUCCUCCUGGCUCGUGGGGCGCGGGUGGACGCCCGGGACGGCGCAGGGGCCACAGCACUCGGCGUUGCGGCCGGCCUGGGCCACCGGCAGGACAUGGAGGUGCUGCUUGACCACGGGGCAGACCCAAGCCUCCAGGACAGGCACAGGCGCUCUGCACUGCACAGGGCUGCUGCCCGUGGACACCUGCCUGCCGUCCAGCUGCUGGCAGCCUGGGGAGCUGAGGUGGAUGCUCGGGACUCAUUGGGCCUCACGCCCCUGCACCACGCUGCUCGGGGAGGCCACGUGGAGGUCGCCGGCCACCUCCUGGACAGGGGCACGCAGGUCAACUCUGCUGGUUGGCUCCACAAGACCCCUUUGCACCUUGCUGUGGAGUGUGGCCACGGCCCCACCACAGAGCUUUUGCUGAGCCGAGGGGCCAGCCCCACCCUGAGGACGCAGUGGGGUGAGGUGGCCCAGGAUCUGGUGUGAGGGGGCCUGUCCCAGGCGCUGCCUGCCCUUUGCGGAGAACAGGAGUGUUGGGGGCACAGAGGGGCCCCAGGGGCCCUGGCUUCUCGCCUCAGGGUUGAGCCCACGUGGCCAGAGCAGGACAGAUAGCUCCUGGCUCCCACAGCCUUCGGAGUGUGCCGGGCU